ACCACUUACACUGAACUUACCCGCCCACCGCUUCCCAUCACGCGCACACACACUCUCUCUGUCUUUCUCCAUUCCCACCACCUUCACUUUCCCCCACUUUCCAAGCAACCUCCCCCACCAUAUAAAACUUCUUCCCUUCAUGAUUUCACCGCAAACUGAACAAUCCCUCGCUUCGAUCCUCCUUCUCCUCUUCCUCGCGCUGUUGCACAACCCAUUCCAAAUCAUGGCCCUCGCUCAUCAGAAUCAAAACCCUAAUUCAACCCCAAUCCUCGUCCGCCAGGUUUGGGCCUCCAACCUCGAAUCCGAAUUUGACCUAAUUCGUCAAGUCAUUGAUGAUUACAAUUUCAUUUCCAUGGAUACGGAAUUUCCCGGCGUCAUUUUCCGCCCUCAGCUGCUCGACCCCGCAAAACCCUACCUCAGCCGCCGCCUCCAGCCUUCUGACCACUACCGCCUCCUCAAAUCCAACGUCGACGCGUUAAACCUAAUCCAGGUCGGGCUCACGCUCUCCGACGCUCGCGGCAACCUCCCCCGCCUCGGCGCCGCCGGGAACCGCUUCAUUUGGGAGUUCAACUUCCGCGAUUUCGACGCAGAGCGCGACGCCCACGCGCCGGACUCCGUGGACCUCCUCCGCCGGCAGGGGAUCGACUUCCGGCGCAACGCGGCGGAAGGCGUGGAGUCACAGCGGUUCGCGGAGCUGAUGAUGUCGUCGGGGCUUGUGUGCAACGAGGCGGUGAGCUGGGUGACGUUUCACAGCGCGUAUGAUUUCGGGUACUUGGUUAAGAUCCUGACCCGACGGAGUCUGCCCCAUGGGCUUGAGGAAUUUCUGAAGAUUUUGAGAGCGUUUUUCGGGAAUAACGUUUAUGACAUUAAGCACAUGAUGCGCUUCUGCGACACGCUCUAUGGUGGUUUGGACCGGCUCGCCCGAACCCUCAAUGUGGACCGGGCCGUCGGAAAGUGCCAUCAGGCCGGGUCGGAUAGUCUGCUGACGUGGCAUGCGUUUCAGAAGAUGAGGGAUGUUUAUUUCGUGAAGGAUGGGCCCCACAAACAUGCCGGGGUUUUGUUUGGCUUGGAACUCGUCAGCUGAGUUUAGUUAACCAAUAGCUCUGAAUGCAAAUGGCAAAAAUGAAAAUAAUAUAUACAUAAAUAAAUAUUUGAUUUAUUAUUUUAUAUCUUUUCCGUAAACUGCUAAUUUCCACUGAAUUUAGGAAACUUCCCAACUCAACAUGCCAACUUAGCGUAGCCCUUCACACUCGAAUUGGUUCAAAUUUUAAUACAAUUAGUUUUUUUUUUAAUCUU